CCAUGGUGCCUUUCAGUUUCACUUCCUGGCAAUGCCUGUGUUUCUCAGAAAAGGAGCCCUCAGAACUUUCCUUUCACUUUCUGUUCCUGGAAAUGCAGGGCUCUACAAUGUGCUGGCUGCCUCUUUACUAUUGGCCAAAUUCCUGUGAGGGUGGAACAGAGGCCAGAGAUUAUUUAAAUCCCGCCAGCUCCUCACACACAGUUUAGACAUUGCAAGUGACAGCUCUUUUAUCUCUGCAGAGUGACCACACCAGCACACAGGACCUGUUCCAGUGCGAGGCCAGUCUGUGCAGAAGAGUGUUUCUGCCUUGGGCUGCAGGGAGCACUUCAUCCAGGCUCUGCAUUUUCUGCCCUGCCAGGGGACACAUUCAGAGCUCAACUCUGACACCAGAAGUCUCUUUUCUUUCAGGAGCUGCCAUUCUGUCAGCUGUGAGGAGAUAACUCAUUGUGAUUUUCAUUUGCAUUUCCCUGCUGGUCACUCCACUGAUCAGAGACAUGACACAGCCCAACCAUUCCCUUCACAUCCCGUUAUCUACAUCCUUCACAUCUAUUGUUCCAUACAAUAUGGGAUGGACAGUCUUACCUAAGGCAACUGCCACAAACAUUGAAAAGGCAUUGGGAGAUGGGAAGUUGCUAGAGGUGGUCUCUAUGAUUAGGGAGACCCUAGAGACAGUAUCCAGUGCCCCAGUAAGCAUUGCAGUGACUGGGGAUUCUGGCAAUGGCAUGUCCUCCUUCAUCAAUGCACUGCGGGAAAUUGGGCAUGAUGAGAAGGACUCAGCUCCCACUGGGGUGGUAAGGACCACCCAGGUUCCCACUUGCUACUCUUCCUCCCAUUUUCCCUACAUGGAACUAUGGGAUCUACCUGGAACAGGGACAGGCACCCAAAGCUUGGAGAACUAUCUGGAGAAGAUACAUUUUAGCCAGUAUGACCUUUUCAUCAUCAUUGCAUCUGAACAGUUCAGCAUGAAUCUUGUGAAGCUUGUCAAAGCCAUCCAAAGACAGGGGAAAAGGUUCUACAUUGUCUGGACCAAGCUGGACAGGGACCUCAGCACACGUGUCCUUCCAGAGGAACAAGUCCUGCAGAAUAUAUGGGAGAAUAUCCAGGAAACUCUCCAGAAAGUAGGAGUGUGUGAACCCAUCAUAUUCCUGGUCUCCAGCUUUGAGCCCUUAUUGCAUGACUUCCCAGAGCUUAGGGACGCCUUGAACAGGGACAUUUCUGAUAUCAGAUACUGUGGUCCCCUAGAGAACCUGUCUGACACCUGUGAAAAGAUCAUUAAUGACAAAGUGACUUCUUUUCAGGAGCAAAUAGGCUCAAAGACUUUCCAGGACAUCCUGGGCAUCCAGGAUGAAGAUGAUCUGGGGCAGUGUCUGAUAGCCUACCACUUGUUCUUUGGUGUGGAUGAUAAGUCUCUCCAGCAGAUGGCCCAGAGUAUGGGGAAACCCAUGGAGGAGUACAGGGCCAUUAUGAAGUCUCAGGAUGUGCACACUGUCCUCACCGGGGACUGGGCAUUAUCUUGCAUGAAUUGUAAAACAGCAUCUUACUUAUAUUCGAUUCUGAGCUAUAUCCCGUUCUUAGGUGAUACUGUUAUCAACUACCUGAGAGUGUGGAAACACAGACACUUCCUUGAAAUAGUUGCCAAGGACACCAGAAGCAUUGUGAAGAAAAUCCUGACAGACUCCAUCAUCUGAAGAAUUGACAUCAUCAGACUCCUUCUGGAGGGAAGUCAGGACAUCUGGGGUCCUCUCACACUGUAUCCUUUCUGAAUUCUCAGUCAAGCUCAUUAUUUCCACUUUCAUUGGUUCCAAGUUCCUCAAGGCAAAUGAACUGACUUGUUCAUUUUGAACCCAUGCCAGGAAAUGCUAAAAUAUGUUCUACUUCUUGUCACUUAUUAAACAAGCUGGAUUCAAAGGUGAAAGAAUUUACUCUGUGACAGUUUCAUUCUGACAUUCCCUUAUCACUUAACAUUAACACCCUUUCUCCAAGCCCUCUUGGUUUCCCAUGUCCCUUCAGUUCUCACUUCUCAGUCCAUGGACUCACAAAGACAUGCCCAGAUGCAGAGGGGAGAACAUCCUUUGGGAUUUUUCUUUUGGGGAAAUAUGAUGGAGAAUGUGUGUUCUGCUAUUCUUUGAAAAGUAUCCAAGGCUGAGAGCCAAGAUCAGUCUGGUAUCCUGCAAAAGCUCUGUCCUAAUACUUUUCCUCAGCAAUUGCACAAAACACAUAUACAGAAAAGGAUACAGGAAAUGGACACAAUGGCCACAGUUACUGGGAUUGGAAAACUGUUGAAUGCAUAAGCAAAACUGACUAUUGUAAGUAGUAACACUGCCUCCCACACACACCUUCCAAGAAUUCAUGCCCUUCACAUGCACAUGCCCAUGGUGGGCCUGUAAUAAGAAGUAGUACCUGUUAGAUAAUAUGUCUUAUGAAUAAAUAUUUGUCAACUUAAA